AUGCAACAAAACUCGAGCGGCGACACCGAGAAGAGGAGCGGUAAGCGCCAGUCGAUCGGCAAAAGAAAGCUUUCUGAUCAAGGAGAGCCAUCGCAGCCGCGAUCCCAGACCAUCAACGAGCUUCUUUCCGAGAGGAAAACGCCUGAACCGACUCACCCACAGUCCCGCAAACGACUCCGCCUAUCCGAUUCUCCCCAAACGGCCACCUCACAUAAGAUGCAUCCGAAUUCCGGGGCCCCGCCUAACAACGGCGCGUUUGGCCGGGGUGUGUCCGAUUCGGCGGCGGGAUUUCCGGGCUUGAAUUCGAAUGGUCGUCCGAAUAAUUUCACUCCUUACACUGGCGCGAGAAAGCUGGUUGUCCGGAAUCUUCGAAAAGAACCUCGUCUUGAUCAGGAUUCAUACUUCGAUAAGGUAUGGGCCCAGCUUGACGCAGCUUUGACCGCCAUCUUUGAUGGCAAGAUGCCGGAAAUUUCACUGGAGGAGUUGUACAAAGGUGGAGAGAACGUUUGCCGACAGGAGCGGGCAGAUCUGUUGGCGAAGAAGCUUCAGCAUCGGUGCAAAGAGUUUGUGAAUGGCAAUAUGCGUCGGGCUCUCGUUGAAAAGGCCAAGGGUAGCUCUGAGGUCGAGACUUUGCGAGCGGUCAUGGAGGCAUGGUCAUCCUGGCACAAGAAACUAGUUACUGUUCGCUGGAUCUUUUACUAUCUCGACCAGUCUUUCCUUCUGCACUCUAAAGAAUACCCGAUGAUCCGUGAAAUGGGAUUGAUUCAGUUCCGAUCAUAUGUCUUCGCUGACGCUAUCUUGAAGCCUAAGAUUUUGGAUGGUACAUAUAACUUAAUAGCUGCUGAUCGCGCAGGCUCAGUUCCGGACUCCGAUCUACUGAGAGACGUCAUGGAGCUUCUUCACAACCUUGAUGUCUAUGGCAGUGACUUUGAGCCUGCAUUCAUCGCCCACACUAAGCAGUUCCUCCUGGCCUGGUCUCAAGACGAAGCCGCAGGUUCUCUGGAAACAUACGUGAAGCAUUCCCACAGACUGAUCGAGAAUGAACUUGAACGGUGCGAAAUGUUCGCUUUCAAUCGCAGCACAAAGAUCAAGCUAUCCGAGCUUCUGGAUCAGACGUUGGUCACAAAUAAAAAGGAUCUAUUGACCAAUGAAGCUGAUGUGAUUGGCCUGCUGCGAGCUGGAGAUAAGCCUGUCUUGAAGCAACUCAUCGGUCUGCUUGAUCGCCGAGGCGCUGGCCUCGAGUUGAAGUCUGCAUUCAAGAACUACAUCAUCCAAGAAGGAGAAGCAAUUGUGUUCGACCAAGAGAAGGAAUCCGACAUGGUUGUUCAUUUACUUCAAUUCAAACAAAAAGUCGAUGAUAUUUGGGCCAACGCUUUUGGCUCAAAUGAAGACCUGGGGCACGCGCUUCGUGAGGCCUUUGCUACUUUUAUGAACACCGGAAAGAAGAUGGAGUCCACAGGUGACACAGACAACCCCAAGUCAGGUGAAAUGAUCGCCAAAUACGUUGACAGACUCCUUAAGGGCGGAUACAAGCUGCCGCCUGGUCGCAAUCCCGAGGAAGUAAAUUUGAUCUCUGAUGAUGCAGAGUUGGACCGACAGCUGGACCAAGUGCUUGAUCUCUUCCGAUUUGUCCAAGGCAAGGCUGUUUUCGAAGCCUUUUACAAAAACGAUCUUGCCCGUCGCCUCUUGAUGAAGCGGAGUGCCAGCAAUGAUGCCGAGAAGAGCAUGCUGGCUCGUUUGAAAAAUGAAUGCGGUUCAAGCUUUACUCACAACCUCGAGUCAAUGUUCAAUGACAUCGAGACGGCCGCGGAAGAAAUGAUAGCCUUCAGGCAAUCGCAGUCAGAGGCGCGGAAGACUCGGUCCAUUGAAUUUGAAGUCAGCGUACUGUCAGCCGCGGCAUGGCCUACAUACCCCGAUGUCCCCGUGCGCAUCCCAGCGAAGAUUGCACGCGCCAUCAAGAGAUUCGAAGAGUUCUACCACACCAAGCGCACGGGGCGCAGGCUCUCCUGGAAGCAUCAAUUGGCUCAUUGCCAACUGACCGCAACCUUCGGCGACGAAAAGAAGCAGCUGGUAGUCAGUUCGUUCCAAGCCAUCGUCCUGCUGCUCUUCAACGACAUCCCCGACGGCGAAAGCCUGACCUACUCGCAGCUCUCAGAAGCGACCGGGCUUUCGGACCCUGAAUUAAAGCGAACCCUCCAGUCGCUCGCAUGCGCCAAAUACAAAGUGCUCCUCAAAUCCCCCAAGGGCAAAGACGUCAACACCACCGACACAUUCUCGUUCAAUGCCGACUUCAAAGACAAACAGAAGCGCAUCAAGAUCAACCAGAUCCAACUGAAAGAAACGAAAGAAGAAACGAAGACCACGCACGAGCGAGUCGCCGCCGACCGCCACUUCGAGACGCAGGCCGCGAUCGUGCGCAUCAUGAAGAGCCGCAAAGUCAUCAGCCAUGCCGAGCUAAUCGCAGAGGUGAUCACUGCCACGAAGCGACUGGGUGUUCUGCAGCCUGCAGAGAUCAAGACCAAUAUUGAGAGGCUGAUCGAGAAGGAUUACAUCGAGCGCAAAGGUGACUCCAAUCAGUACAGUUACGUUGCAUGA